GAAGAUGGCGGAGGAGGAGGACAGCAGGACCGAGGCUGUGGCCCUCAGACACAGAUUUCAGAAUCUAAUCUCUGAAUUAAAAUCGAGUUCCCAGUCGCCGCUUGAUGCCUCCAAUAGCUUUUGUCAGGAUUUCUGUCAAGUUUUGAUGAAUCAUGGAAGUCAGUGGAAACCAGAUGAGGAUCCGGUGCCUCUUUUGGCAAUGUACACAGUAGCUAUAGUGUGUUAUGCUGAGGCCAGACCGUUCCUCUGCCCUGAGUGUGAACACGUUACAGAGGUGCUAGACAAGUUAUCAUGGAGCUGUCUAAAUCUUCUGCUGUCAUUCUCUGAACAGUUCCCAGGUGCCUUAUGGGAAGAGUUUCAAUCUUCUGUCAAGGUGGCUCAUGGUAUCUUUCAGGCACAUGGGAACUCACAGCUUCACACCCUGUUCAGUCUAGCAGAGUACGGCGUGUGGACUGACACCACGCUGUGUAGCCUUCUCUCAAACAACAUGCCUGAUGUAGAGAAAGUUCAAGAGUUUUUAGUUCGAGAAGGCCCUGAACUGCUUCAUAUGCGAGUAAAGCACCUAAUCAAACAGAAACUUGUGGAAAAAGCUGCAAGGCUUGCAAGGACCUGCACAAAGUUUCCUGAAUUUGGAGGAAAGAAAAAUUUCAAACAAAUCUACCUUGUAUGUCUGUGUGAAAUUAAGUCACAACAAGAACUCAUGCAAGAGAUAAAGGAGGUAGACUGCAAAGAUGCUCUGGACAUGAUUUGUAAUUUGGAGUCAGAGGAAGACGAGAAAGGAGCUCUCAGUCUUUGCACAGCAUUUUUUAAGCGCCAGCUUCUCAGUGGGGAUGUUUACUGUGCCUGGGAGCUGACACUGUUUUGGAGUAAGCUUCUAAUUCGGCUAGAAUCAAAACAGGUCUUCUUGGAGCAGUGCAGACUGUUAUCACGCCUCUCUGGGAGUGUGUACCAUAUUCUGCUUCUCAUCAAAGUUAUUCAGGCUGAGGUUGGAAAAGAUGGACUUUCAGUGUGCAUCGAAAUGUGCAUUCAAGCACUAAAAAUAGGAGUUCAUGACAACGAGGACUGCAAUAUCACUAUCUGCAAAACAAUCUCUUGUUUGCUGCCUUUAGACUUAGAAGUGAAACGGGCUUGUCAACUCACUGAGUUCCUGGUAAAUCCAUCUCUGGACUCUUUUUAUGCUGUUGAGACACUUUUUAAUGAACCUGACCAAAAGAUCGAGGAGGAGGAUCCACCCAUUCUGAACUCACUACGCUGUGACCUGUUGUUGGCCUUAAAGACAAAGUGGCCUUUUGAUCCGGAGUUCUGGGACUGGAAAACUCUAAAGCGUCAUUGCAUUGCUUUGAUGAGUCAGGAGGCAACAGCGAUAUUGUCUGCUGACAAAGUUAGUGACAGUGAAGACAAUGAAGGCCAGGAUCCUGAUGAGAGUGAUUUUAGCCAUCUACAUUUAACCCAUAGUCCAACUUAUGAGUUAAGUGAAGUUGAAGCAGAACGAAAGAAGAAAAGAGAAAUGAAGAAGAUGAGAGAGAGGGGAUUUGUGUCUGCUCGAUUCCGUAACUGGCAAGCUUAUAUGCAGUAUUGUGUGUUGUGUGAUAAAGAAUUCCUAGGACACAGGAUUGUGAAGCACGCAUUAAAGCAUGUCCAAGAUGGGAUUUUUCAUUGCCCAAUAUGUACCAAAACAUUUGAAACUAGGGCGAUUCUAGAGCCUCACGUAGCAUCACAUGUGAAACAGUCAUGUAAGGAACGUCUUGCUGCUAUGAAUGCAACUAAGAAAGGUCCCAGUCUUGAUACCAAGUUGACAUCAGCUAGCAGUACCUUAAUACAAGACCGUUACAUUAAUACUGCUGUGCAAGUCAAACAAGGGAUAACAUUUAGCAGUAACAAUUUUUAUACUUUAAACAGCACUCCCAGCAAAAAUGCGAAAGGUAAAAUUAGGGCAUCAUCUCCAAGACAAGGUGAACCUGUUCGUGAUGUUAACAACACUAAAGACUGUUCAUGCCCUGUUUCAAGCUGUCAAAAAGUUUUUAAGUACUUCAGGAAUUUGGUUGCACAUGUUAGGGCCCACAAAAAUGAACAGGAAGCAACACAUUUCCUAGAGAUACAGAGCAAGAAGGCUACCUGCCAGUAUUGUCACCGUCAGUUUGUAAAUGUGACUCAUCUUAAUGAUCACUUGCAAUUACAUCGUGGCGAGAAGCCAUAUUUUUGCUUUCAGUUGGGAUGUAAUUGCAGCUUUUCCUCUCAUACUGAACUUCUUGUGCACAGAAAAGUACAUGCUGAAUUUCAGGCACAGUGUACAUAUCCAAACUGUGAGAAAGUAUUCAGCGAGAGGUACUUACUGUACGAUCAUGAAGCACAGCACUACAUGGUCUUCUCCUGCAAACGUCAAAACUGUGGCAAGGCAUUCCGCACUCUGUCUGAGCUAGAUCUGCAUCAGAAAGAUCACGCAAAGCAGGACCACUCUGCGAUUGAGGAGGGCUCACAUUCUCAACUGCCAUCACCAGCUCAGACUUGUCUUGUCUUAGCACUGUCUCCAAAUAGCCAAAUAAAUAAGGUUUCACAAGAGCCUUGUCUAGUGAAAAUGAAAUGCUCAGUUAAGCGCAUGUUAGAUACUGUUAAAGGUUCAGCAGAACAGCCUGAGCAUCUUGUAUCUUGCACAGCUCCGUUGACAGUAAGCAAAAAUGAUUUCCAAAAAUCUGCCAUUGAGCCUGAUGUACCCGAGGCAUCUUGUUGUCUCGAGAGUGCAAAGCAAUUGCAUCUUAAACCUUGCUAUGUAAAACUGGAGCCUAUUCCAAUCAAGAGGGAUGAUCCUACCAUUUUAAAUGCUCUAAGGAAUGCUGACAGUUUUACUCAAUCGCUUUUGAAAGAUGAGAAGUUGUUUUCUUUCCCAAGUAGUAAGCCCAAAAUUUCCACAUUGAAGUCUUCUCCCUCUAUAACAGAGGUCAACAAUGAGGAAAAUCUGACUCAUGUAUGUCCAUUCGAAACCUGCACACGAAAAUACAGCACCUCAAAAAGUUUAUCAAGACAUGUUAAAAAUGUUCACGCAGAGGCCUUUGAAGAGUGGAAGCUGUCAAAGAAAUACAAGAGGAUUGCACAAAUUGCUGCAAGAAAGGCCUCAUCUGAGGACACAAAUACCAGUUCCCGGAAACCGAAGAAAUGGACAUGCCAUUCCAAACAAACCUGUCAGCAUGAUGAGGGAAUUGAACAGACUAAAUUUCCUGACUCACUGAUUCAAAGUCCUGCCUCCAUUCUCUCUGGGCAUGACAGUAUGCAGCCCUUAAGUGCCAAGUUUUGCUCUCAGCUGGAAAGCACUCAAAGUGACACUGCAUUACCAAAUCAGACAGGACUGAUGCAAUUACCGAUAUCUCAGACAUGGGCAACACCUUCAGUGGAUAACAUGGAUGCAGGUUUUUCAGUACAGAAUCAUUACCCUCCUAUGAUUUUGUCCGAGAACCACGCCAGCCCAUCAUACCAUUCUGGUGCAGUUUUAGAUUACGCUUCUGCCUCAUCUUAUGAUGGCAUCACACAUGUGGAUGCCCACACACCCUCAAGUGUGAUGAAUGAAGCCUCAAAAUACGUGUCAAGCUCUCUUAGGGUACUUCAUGCCCUUAAUUGUGAUCAGACUUGUGACUUGUCACAGGCUGAAUCAAGUGUUGAUCUCGGAUACAAUCAGACUGGACACAAACAUUCCAAUGAGAUUUCUCUCAGCACGAGUUUGUUGCAUACUGGACCUUUGCCGGGGCAGAAUUUCAGUCCAUAUUUUUCAACUUUCCCAUCAGAGCCAAGUCCUAUUUCAGUGCAGUCGCUGGGAAAUUCAAACAAAGAAAUGGGCACUGAUGCAUUAUUCUCAUCAGAUAUCAAAUGUAUGUCAAAUCUUGCAACCCCUUAUUUUAAGGAACAAUCAGAAGAUUUCUCCAUAUCAGCUUUUAAUGACGUCCCCCUGAUGGAUGAGACAAGUCCAAGAGAUUUUUGUAAUCCUGAAUUGUCACUCAAUGGAAAAGAAGGACUCCAUUUAGAUGAUCAGAUCAUUUCAAGUUCUUUUGAAACUACAAAAACCAAGAAAAUCAAAUCAUCUAAGAGAACAAAAUGGCCUGCCAUAAUACAGGAUGGGAAAGUAAUUUGCUGCAGGUGCUACAGAGAGUUCUCAAGUACAAAGUCACUUGGAGGACAUUUAUCAAAACGUUCCCAGUGCAAACCUGUUGAUGAAAUUGAUCUUACUGCUGAUUUACCGACAUCAUUUCUUGAUUUUCUGAAUGAUCCUGAUAUUUCAACAGUACAAAUGCCUUUGCCUACAAGUAACAUACAUGACCAAAAUCACGAAUCCUUCAUCGGUCCACCAUUAGAAUCAAAUAUCUUUAAUGCUAGCACUAUAACAAGCACAACAAACAUGCUUGGCACAAAUUGCAGCAUUCAGAACACUAAUAUGUCUACUCAAGACCCAUAUGAAAUGAUUCAAAAUUCCACUUUCUUCCACCCAUCUGUACCAGAGAAAGACAUAGAAAUCAAACAUGAAGCUGAAAUCACGCCUGCAAAUACAGGUGAAGAUGGCAAAAUUGUAGAAAUUGAAAUGGCAUUGGAACGUCUUGAUUUGGUCGAUAUACUCAAUCAGGACACAUUUGUAUCUAAGAGCAGUGACCUGCUGAAUCUAAGCUCUAAAACUGAAACCAGAAAUGAUCAGUGUCACACAAUUAAAGAUGACGAAGAAAAUAAUGAGCAGAAAGUAACUUUAAAGCCUUUUAGAUGUAAGGAAGGCUGUGUUUACGGGGCAAUGACAAAAGAAGCCCUCUUUAAACACCUUUCCCGGGUACAUGAUUACAGUGAGGACAGGAUAAACGAAAUGAAGAAAAACCCUGACAAAUUAGCACCCUACAGCUGUCAUUUAUGUUCGAAGUCAUUUACCAGAACCACAGGGCUUAAAAUCCACUACAGAAAUGUCCAUCGUUUUUCAAAAGAAGAAUUGUCUUGCCUGAAAAUUGGUCUAGGCGGGAAAAAAAUCAGAAAAUCUACAGCAGAGUCAGAAGGCGUGCAUACCAGUCCCAUCAUUAAACAGGGAACUGACUCUUUACAUGAGCAGUAUCACCCCCAAAUCAAUCCAAAAUUAACCAACACAUCUUUAGAUUCAUCUGAAGAUGUGCAAGGAGAAGCUGCCAGUGAUGUCCAAGAUGAAGCUGCCAAUGUAGCAAGGAGAAAUGAAAGCCCUACACAAGACUCCCUCAAAGUUUUCAGCUCUGAGACCUGCAGGACUUUGGAAGAAUCACAGAUAAAUUCAGUAUAUCUUGGUGUGCUUUCAGAUACAUUUGUAAAACCGCUGCAGAUCCCUUCUGUGAGCACAGAAAAUCAUGUUACUGACCCAAAUGAGCCAGGUAUAUUUGCAGUGCAAGAGCUGAGUGGUGGAAGUCCCUAUCCCUUUGGCACAAGGAGUGCUCCAGACAAAGUUACCGAAGGUGCAACUACACAGUUGAAUGGACAAACUGAGACAAAUUCAAAUGUGGUGAUGGACAACAUUGAUUCUGGUGAUUCAAGUGGUACACUGGGUUCGUACAGGCCAUACCGAUGUGUGAUUGAAGGAUGUAUGGCUGCCUUUUCAAUUGAACAAAAUCUUAUCCUCCAUUACAGGGUUAUGCAUCAGUCAGGAGAUGAAAAAACUGCCAGUUCUAAAGAAUCUGAAAGGGCUCUCCGAGUGCAGGAAUACAAAUGUCAAGUCAAAAAGUGCUCAAAAGUUGUGUCGAAGGUCACCAGUUUGUUGAAACACUAUCUUUUACUUCACAGAUGCACAUUGGAAAAAGCAAGUGCAUUGUUAUCUGGUGUUGAGGUUGGCACAUUUCAGUGUGACCAGUCAAAAUGUUCGGCUCACUUCACAUGUCAUUUGAAGUACAUUGAUCAUAUCAAAAAUGAUCACAAGGCAAUAAAAGUUUCAGCAGACGGGGACUUUGAGAGCGUGGACCUCACAUUUCAAUGUAAAUUUGAAGGUUGUGACAGGGUUUAUACAACCAAGUCAAACCUUCUACGACAUCUUAUGAAGAAACAUCAUGUAACUUUUAAAACCAUGAAAAAAAAUGGGAACGAGGAUGAUGUUCAAGCAAACAAGUUAAGCACAAGUGCAGAUCCUAAUGGAAAAGAGAAUACUGCAAAUAACAACAUUAAAGUAAAGAGAAAGAAUUCAAAACGGAAAGAGGACAACACACAAAACCAUUUGAUGACUUUUGUAAAGCCAGCCCUUAAAUCCAUUGAUGAAGCAUCUGCCAUGUGCAAUAAAAGAUUUCCUCUACAGUACCCCUGCAUGAUUCAAAGUUGUGAUUCAGUUAUGAGUGCAGAGCAGAAUAUAUUGAAACAUUAUACAACUCAUGGUCUCACAGAACAGUUCAUUGAGGAUCAGAGGGGCCAGUUCAUAUUUUGCAAGAAAAGCAGUGAUGAGACCAGGCCAGAUGGUACCUCAAAAGAUUCUGAGAUGGAGCAAACAGUCCUUCGCGAAGAUCAAACAGAGAAUUCAAAGGUCAAUUUUCAAGAUGUAGGCCCAGAAGGUCCUGCAGAAGUUCAGACUGCACCAGACAUUCAGACUGCACCAGAUAGUACCUCAAAAGAUCCUGAGAUGGAGCAAACAGACCUUCACGAAGAUCAAACUGAGAAUUCAGAGGUCAGUUUUCAAGACGUUGGCCCAGAAGUUCCUGCAGAAGUUCAGGCUGCACCAGACGUUCUAGUUCAUGAAAGUUCUACUGCCACAACCAUGCCGGUAGUCAAAAGGAAAAGGGGUCGUCCACGUAAGUCGGAAUGUAGAAACAAAAUCUCUCUAGAGAGGAAGCUAAGUCUUAGGAACUGUAUGUUGAAAGUCUCAGGAUCUAUAUUGAACUCUUCUUACCAUCAAGAGAAGCAUGUAGAGAAAGAAGUUGCACUAAAACUUCGCAGGCCUUCAGAAUUUGAGACAUCCGUCCUAAAGUUCAAUAAAGACUCUUCAGCCAAAAACUCUGCCAAGCGAAAAAUAAAUCCACGUCAUUGGAAAUCAAAGCAACAGCGGACAUUUCAACCAGUCAUCCGAGAAAGAGGUGAGGUCGAAUGUGUUGUUAAUUUCAGAAAUCCCCUGAAGAUCAAGACUGUGAAGAAUGUUAAAAUUGUUAUGCAUGAAAACAUUUCCACAUGUUCUGAUCUUCUGCUAAAACAACUUCAAGACAUGCAGCCGAUGGUCAUCCUGAAAAAGUGGCUGCACAGUUGAUGGUUAGGUUAGAGACUGAUAUUUUUAUUAUUAUUAUUAUUUUACAAGGCUUUGCACUCAGGACCACAUACUGUAUGUCACUGUACUGUUUGCUGCUGGCAAGCACAUCCAGUUACACUCUUUCACACAGGAGCGCCUUAAGGUACCUCAGGGCCCAUGGGCUCACCGUUCCGCGGGGCCUCUCAGCCAGUCGUCCCACGGACUGUUAUUCUGUGAACAUGCGCUACACAGACACUUGUUUAUAUCAGCAUCUCCCUGCUGAAUGCGGUUACAUGCACUCUCCUCCUGCGAACGUCGACAAGGGAGAAUAGGGUGAUGGAUGCCGUGAAUGAGUUGUGGGCCCCUGGGCUUCAGCCCCUGAGUAAGCCCGUGCAUUAAUGCGCCCCUGCUUUCACACAUUUAUAGUAGUUUCAACAAAUUGUUUGUUACUAAAAUUUGAUUAGUGGUUAAAAUCUUUUGUACAACAUUUUAAAUUUUGAUGUUCCAUUAAGGUUGUGUCUAAAACCAUUUUGUAUUUCUGAAAUUCUCAGAUGAAAGAAAUAGAUGAAAUCAUUUUUUUAAAUGUACAAUUUUAUGUAGUAUAAAAAGGUAUGAUUGAUAUAUCCCUGUGGGAUUUGUAUCCUUUUUUGUUGUUGUAUAAAUAUUUAUUUUUAACUUAACAGUAGUGUAUUAAUAUACUUGUCUUCCAUCUAAUAUUCAAUUAAAAUAAAUCUGAAUGCUCAUGUAAAUUGUAGCAUCCACAUGA